CAAAAUUCAUUUCAUCGACCUGAACCAUCGUAUUUUUGUUGGUCGAUGUAAAAAACUUCACCGUAGCUUUGGAAAAACGUCGAAAAAUAGUAACUGGAAAAGUUUUUGGUUUAACAUAAAACGUGACGGUUUUUUGGUGUACAUUUAGAAAAUAUGGUUAUAACAUUAGACCAUGAAUUACCAACUGAAGCUGAGCUCACCAUGCCCGAAUUGAAAUUAUCGGGACCAGCACUUCGUGCUGGUGCAUUUCAUUUGGGCAAAUACUGUCAAGAUACAUUCAAUGAGUUCAUGCUGUGCCGCAGUGAAGAAAAUGAUCCGCGAAAAUGCUUGAAAGAAGGACGAGACGUAACAAACUGUUCAUUUGAAUUCUUUCGUUUAAUUAAGAAAUCAUGUUAUGACGAAUUUACGCAAUAUGCUCAUUGUUUGGAUAGAAGUAGUGCCGACUUGAAUUAUAAACAUUGUCGCAACACUCAAAACGUAUUUGAUAAAUGCGUAUUAGAUAACUUCAACAUAGAGCGUCCGGGCUACGGUUACUUUUGCCGAGCUCAAAUUGUUGAUACGAAACGACCAAAGCCAGAGGUACCAGAGAAACCACACUACGGUGAUGUGCCAGCAGCUCUGCCAGAUGACGCACCCAGACCACCAGCCAAGUACGGUGCCAGAACAUUUGUAUGAAGUGCUGCUAUUUGCACACAGCCAUUUCAAUAGAAAACGCAAACAUUUUAUAAUAGUAAUAAAAACUAAUAAAGGAAAAAUCGUAAAUUGAAUUUAUA